AUGAAACGAACUGAUGAAUUGCAAUUAUCAUUGUCAUCGGCCAAUAAUCCAAACACAGUCUUGGUUCGUUGUCAAUUUUCAGACAACCAACUUAAAACUAUUCGAGCAUCAGUAACAGAUACGGUUGCGGAACUGACAGCAAAAAUUACAGCUCUUCGAGAAAAUCAGACAAUGGCUCAGUUUUUACUAUUGUCAGAUAAUACUACUAUUGAUGACAAUCAACCUGAUAAACGUUUGGCUGAUUUUGGCAUUCAACCUGGCAGUACAAUUAGUGCUUAUGUCACAGAUAUUGUUCCUACGAAUUGCUCGAUUAAAAGCAGCAAAACCGACAAGACUUAUACAACAACAAAUACUUUUGAUUUGAAUGCGCAGCCUAAAGGUUUGGAUAAUCUUGGUAAUACAUGUUUUAUGAACAGUGCACUUCAAUGCCUUGUACAUGUCGCGCCACUAACUGAAUUUUUUAUGAAAAACCUUACUCAAGCACAUUCAACUGAUGGCCAUGCUAAUAAUUACAAUCCAUUUGACACAUAUGGGGAAGUUACUGGAGCCUAUGCCGAACUACUGUGGAAUUUACACAAGCCUGAUCGAAAAUCUUAUUCGUAUUAUGAUUAUUCGCUUAGACCAAGUCGUAUGAAAGAAACAAUCGGUAGACUUGAACCACGUUUUGCAACAUAUGAUCAACAAGAUGCUCAAGAAUUUAUGGCAUUCCUUCUCGAUACUAUUCAUCAAGAGAUUAAACAAAAAAACAACCACGUUCAAAAUACAAUUAUCACAGAACUCUUCUUCAGUCAAAUUCAAUCUUCUAUUACUUGUUCUCGAUGUCAACAUGUAAGCACUACAAAAAAUCCAAUUAGUAUUCUUCCAUUACCACUUAAUCCACAUGAACGAACAUAUCAAGUGAAUUUUGUCAGAUCGAACCGUGAAGAUGUGUAUGAUAUAGUGUCUAUGUCUGUUGGUGAUCGUAUUGAACAUCUUGUACAAAAAUUUUUUGAGCGUCGCCAUGAUUCAAGAAAAUUUAGUUAUGUUACUGUGAUGACUACAAAUCCAGAAGCAGCAGUUGACUUUGAUACACCUCUCAUCAAAUUAUCCGAACCAGUAGUAACACUUAUCGAGCAAGACCAUUACAAUGGUCGAAUGGCAUCUUUUCGAUAUGAGAAUAAGCCAAUCACUCUGAAACUUGACGAAUGUCUUCAAGCAUUUGUUUCAGUCGAAAUACUUGAUGAUCCGUGGUUUUGUGAACAAGAUAAGUGUAAACGAGAUACAAAGGCAAGUAAAGAACUUCGACUUUUGACAUUUCCACAUGUACUCAUUAUACAACUUAAACGAUUUUCACAUGAAAAUGGUCUGCGUCAAAAAUUAGACAUAUUUGUUGAUUAUCAGGUUAAUGGAUUUGAUUUGGGUAAACUUCUGAAAUCAUCGGAGGAAGCCAUUUAUGAUCUUAUUGCUGUUUGUAAUCAUAUGGGAUCUAUUUAUGGGGGCCAUUAUACUGCAUAUGCACGAAAAGAUCCAAAAAGCGAGAAAUGGUACAGAUUCAAUGAUUCCUAUGUAUCAACUGUUUAUUAUAAUGAAGAAAUUGUUUCCAGAGAUGCAUAUCUUCUUUUUUAUUUGAAACGACACAAAUAA